CUAGGGAGAAGGGCUCGCGGGAGCGCAGACCUUGAGCGCGCGUGCGCAGCUGCCCUCUCUCCCUCCCAUCAGUCUAAGAGAGCUUGGGCCUUGGUGGUUGCCAGGGUGACAGCGAUACAACAUGGCGUCCGGACCCUGAGGCUCGCUACCUAGGGGGCUUUAGCCGAGGGUCCGUGUCUGGGGACUCUGCCUCAGGGGGCUCGGGGAGUGGAGAAGUCAUCCUUCCCUCCCCCUUUCCCCUUCUCUUCCUCCGCCUCCGCCCCAUCUCGGCGUGUGGUCGCUGGGCCACCUUAGUCCCACCCAACCCAGCCCGGCUUGGCCCGGCCCGGCCCGGCCGGAGCUGAGGAUGAAGAAAUAUAAAGCAAUUGGCAAAAUAGGAGAAGGAACAUUUUCUGAAGUUAUAAAGAUGCAGAACCUAAAAGAUGGAAGUUAUUAUGCAUGUAAGCAGAUGAAACAGCAUUUUGAAAGCAUCGAACAAGUGAACAACCUACGAGAAAUACAAGCACUGAGACGCCUGAAUCCACACCCAAAUAUUCUUACAUUGCAUGAAGUUGUCUUUGACAGAAAAACUGGUUCUCUUGCACUAAUUUGUGAACUUAUGGACAUGAAUAUUUAUGAGCUAAUACGAGGGAGAAGGCGCCCACUCUCAGAAAAGAAAAUAACGAACUAUAUGUACCAGCUGUGUAAGUCUCUUGAUCACAUGCAUAGAAAUGGAAUAUUUCACAGAGAUGUAAAACCAGAAAAUAUAUUAAUAAAGCAGGAUCUUCUGAAAUUAGGAGACUUUGGGUCAUGUAGAAGUGUUUAUUCCAAGCAGCCAUAUACAGAAUAUAUCUCUACUCGUUGGUACCGGGCCCCUGAAUGUCUCCUUACAGAUGGAUAUUAUAGCUACAAGAUGGAUAUGUGGAGUGCUGGCUGUGUGUUUUAUGAAAUCAUGAGUCUGCAGCCUCUAUUUCCUGGAGCUAAUGAACUGGAUCAAAUCUCCAAAAUCCAUGAUAUUAUUGGCACACCUCCUCAGAAAACUCUUAGCAAAUUCAAACAGUCGAGAGCUAUGAGUUUUGAUUUUCCUUUUAAAAAUGGAUCAGGAAUCUCUCUGACGACAUCGACUUUGUCCCCUCAGUGCCUUUCUCUCAUCUAUGCUAUGGUAGAAUAUGACCCAGAUGAAAGAAUCAGUGCCCAUCAGGCGCUGCAGCAUUCUUACUUCCGAGAACAAAGGAUAUCAGAGAAGCAAGCUCUUGUAGCCCGCAGGAAAGUAGGAUUAACAGAACGUCUGGGAGAACCAGAAUCACUGAAAAACAUGUGGCAAAUAUCAAAGGAAGGCAAAAAGCAGUAUCUAAAGCAAGUUGAAGAACAUUCAGAAAGGCAGGGAUCUACCUGUCCGGUGGAACUACCCAAACUGAAGGUUUCUGGAGUAACCAAACUCUCAUCCUACUCCAGCCCUACACUGCGUGCUGUUCUUAGUGGCUCUGGGACAAGUGGAAAAGUACCUGUCUUAAAGCCUCUGAAAUAUAUUGGAACAAACAAGAAGACAGAUACACAGAAGGACAUUAAGUCUAACAUGAAACAAUACCGUUUGCCCACGAUAGAAAGAAAAAGUGGAGGAUACUGAACAACUUGUCUUAUUUCCAGAUACUUGGAUUAUAAAACCAGGCAUGAAUGGAAGCAGAGAAAAGGAAUCAACUAUGCUUCUGGGAUGUAACAGAGGGCUUUGGGGAGCAGACAAGUGACAGUGCCUUACCUGGAGGCUCCCUGAAGUGCUCUAGGACCUUCACGAUAUAGGCACGAGAUGAUUAAGGGCUAUGUCUAGUCAGCACUUGUAGCUUUCCUGAAAAGAUGUCAAAUGUUUAGCAGAUCAGAAAUGCACUUUGUAUUUGCACCUUCUAAAUGCAUGUACUGUAUUUUCCAUUUGAAUGGAUUUGUGAAAAGCAUCAAAUUCUAGGGUUUUUAUUUCAUUUUAGUGGGGGUUAAGGGUUUUUUUUGGAGGGAGGAGGGCAUUUUGUAAUUUUUUAUAUACAAAAGUGAAAACAGGUAAACAAGGUUUUUAUAUUAUGUGUUAUUUAUAUCUUGGUCUUAUUGAACUGUGAGCUCUGUGCAUUUUAUAACUUCAGUCUGUUUUAAAAUGUUAAGCUAUUAGAACACUACCAACCGUAAUAUUUUAAUAACUACAAAGCUCUUAUGUGAUUGUUUUAUGGAUUAUGUUAUUGGAAACAACUGAUUGAUAUUAAAGAAUAAGCUAUGAUAUUUUUUAAUUCUAAAGAUAAA